GCCGAAUUUCUCGAUCCACUCAGCAUCAACACAAGAGAGCAGCAAGAUCCUUUUGAGAGGUCAAAUCAACGUCGUACUCAAACGAUCAAACCCAACAGCAAGCCUCUCAUACUACAAGACAAAAUGCCCAAGUCUUUCCACAAGGUCGUCUACCACCCCGAGCAUAACGCCAACGACCUCUUCCAGGUCAUCGUCAAUGGCGAAGAGUACAAGAAGUGGAAAGCUGGAGACACCACCAUUCCUCUUGCCGAUGUCGUAGACUCAUUCCAAAUUUUCCACACUGGACAAGGCGCUCAAGGAAUCAUGGGCAAGCCUAGCAAGCAAGACUUGGACAACUUUUUCGGUACGCACAACGAUACCGACGUCGUCUUGCAGAUCCUUCAAAAGGGCGACCUGCAAGCCGCCUCCGCCAAGGACGGCUUUUCCUCCACCAACGAUGGAAAGUCUGGCGCAUUCCAGGCGAGCGCUGGGGCUACUCAUGGAGGACGCUAAAGUGUAACAAGCCAGGCAAAGGUGAAACUUCAACAAAUGUGAUGGUCAAGUCAUUCAGUGCAUUGAGAGCGAGCCGAGUAGUAUGCAUGGGCGA